AGUGGGCGCGGGAAUUUGUGUUGAAUGACAACUGUUUUAGCGCGUUAGCUUGUUUAUAGUUUGUUUGCUAAUUCUUGGCUCGGGGAAAUACAGCGAAAGGUUUAACAUAUAAAUAAAUAAAUUUAUUAGAGGAAUGUUAAAGUUUAGGUGGCGGUUGAGAGUUUUUAAAACCGAGUUAGCUAGUCGGUUAAUGCUAAUUAGCUAAAAACAAUAUUGAUAUCAACAAGUAUCCAUGGCUAAGCUACGCUAAGCUAGGCUAGGCUAGGCUAGGGUAACAACAGUCUCACGGAGAGAAUAAACUCCGCGGCUGCUGACGCUUCCCUCAUACAAUGGACCGAAAUAUGAUGAAUUUGGGAAGAGCGAAAAAGAAACUGCGUUAUUUCCCCUCAGAGGAAAGCACUCCAUUUAACCUAAAGAUCAAAGAUGUCUUUAGUGUCCGAGACCUUGACGAUAUUUUUGAUGAUUUGGAUUCUGAUCCAGGCACGCCGCUUCUCUCACCACUGCCCAAGAGCCCAGGAGAAGACGAGCGAAAUAAAGGAAGCCAGUGUCCGAUUCCAAAGUCGCCAAUUCCAAAGUCGCCGUUAUGCUUCAGAGGGAAGAUCAGUCCUCUCAAGCCUUCAGAUGUUUUGGAAGCAGCAGAUGACAUUCAGAUGGAUCAUUUAAACAAUAAAGGAAGCCCUUUGGAAGAAAUUGCUCCUAUAAAGACCUCCAGUCCGAUCGAGCUGUUUGCAUGUGAAGGUGUUGCAGCGGAUGCAGAAAAACCUGAAACCUCUCCACUCCUCUUUGGCAUUGAGGAUGAGGAGCCAGUUGUGCAUGAUUUGAGAAAACCCCAGAUGAGUCUGAGAGCAGAAUCCAUAAAGGACGGUUCUCAAGGGGACAGUGAAUCGUUGGUGUCUCCUCCAUCACGACUGGAGUUUGUAAAGCCCACAAAACAGAGUCAAUCUGUAACAAGCUCAACGCCUCUAAAAGCCCCAGAGCAAGUGUGCAAGACCUUACCACCUGAACCUGAGGAGGAGUCGUCACAUACGAAUGGACGGAUAACUUUAUCCCCUGUAGUAUUAAUUCAGAAACGUUGGCCUAAACCUGUUCCAGAGGAGCAACCUAACCAGCAGGUGCAGGAGGUUGGGGUUAAACAAUCACUGUUUCAGAAGAAGCUAAAAAAUUCCUUACAACCUAAAGCCUCAUGUUUCAGGAAACAAGAAGAUCUGCAACAACCAGCUCGCGCCCCUUCACCUCAAGUCCAGGAGGAGGACUUCAUGAUCCUGGAAGACGACAGUCCCAUUCGCUUCACCAUUCCCAGGAAGACCGACAAUAAAGGAAAUCCCGCACCAGAGAGUGGGUCUGUGAAGCCGGAUAUGAAAGAAAAAACUUUUCCAAUGCAGUCUAAAGAAGAGGAUAACCACAAAGACGAACCCAAAAAGAAAACAAACGCAAAGCGUUUGAAGGUUACCGACAUGACCAUUAAAGACACAGAGGUAGAGUCCGCCCGAGAAGAGAGGGAGGAAGAAGCCAACGAGGAUGUGGGAUGUGGAGAAGACGUCCAUCUUAAUCCAGACAGCAGUCAAGAUACUGAUACACCUGUUAUAGGUGAGCAGAGACCAAAAGGCAAAACCUCCAAGCCUGAACAGCAUGGCACCAACGAUGGAAACGUUGGUUCGGGCAAAAUUCAAGCUAAAAAGCCUGCAGUGAAAACAAAGAAAUUAGCAAAAUUGCCCAGCAGCGGCAUGAAUACAGAACAAGAGGAGCCUGUGACAAAGACGAAGAAGAAACCCAUUAAAACAAAAGCAUCCGUAAAGGCGGACGUGCCUGAAUUCACAGACCUAAACUCUGCAAAACCAAAGAAACAAGACAAAGACAAGGGUGCAGUAAAGAAUAAACGGGCUAAAGCGCAGAAGCAGGUGGAUGAGGUACAAAUUUCCCCCGAACCAUCACAGAAAUCUCCUGAGCCUCCAGAGAUUCAGAGACCGAGCACAGUUAAUAAAGAGCCUGCAUCAAAGCAGGGUGCUCCGAAGAAGUCAGGAAAGGCAAAGAAGGCAGAUAAACAAACAAAAGAAAUCUUAGUGACGAAGGAGCUUCCUGGACCUGAGCUUGAUGUUUCUGCAGACGCAUCUUCAACCAGCAAAAGGAAAAGAAAACCACCCGGGGAAUGGUGGUUAACACAACAAGAAGAAAACAACAUGCAGGAGCAGCAACACGAGGCAGUUCAGUCUUCACAGGAGCUCAAGUCCAAAAGGAAAACCCAAAGAAGAGCUCCAGUAUUAACAGACUCGACCGAGCAAGAGUUAGUAACAGAAAAUGAGGAAAUCCAGAAUGAGCCUGUUACUGCUCAUAAAGUGGCCAAAAAGCAGAAAAAGUCACAGGCUGAUAAAAAUCCUGCUUUCUCAAAGAACAAUCCCAAAUCAACAGGUGGCAGACGAAAACAAAAGGCAGGAGCUCAAGUCCAGCGUGAAACGACACCUGCUCCGAUGGCUGAAGAAAAGGCGAGAAGUGACGACUCUUCAGAGCAGCUCAGUCCAGUGGCAUCUAGUCCACUUCCUAAACAGCACAGAUUAACUCCAGGAGAUAAAAGGGUGUUUGAUAAGACCUACACCCGGGACGGUCAGAGUCGAUCUGCACCUUCGCUCGAUGCAGCGGAGAGCGUUCCAGUAAAGCGCCAGAGAAAGCCACCAAAGAACUGGUGGGAGGUUCCACAGUCUCAGGAUGAAGCCGAGAGCUUGGAGACUCAACAACACAAUUCUCCAGAAACGUCCAGACCACAGAUGGGCCCUCCGAAGAGCACAGUCCAUAAAAUCACCAGUUUACAAAAGACACUGGGUCGUGGGCAGAGGAAAAAUAAAAUGAACAUGAUUAACACUCCAAAGUCAGUUAAAAGAUCGCUGGCCACAUUCGAUGCAAUCUAUGACUCUGGGAAGCAGGGCAUCUCUGAAGAAAGUGGGUUAGGAGUGAGGCAGAAGGGCCGCAGAAACUUGCUGCACUCUCUGGACGAUCAGUCUGAGCAGUCCAGUGAGAACACCAACAACUAUCAGCAGCAGGCUAGUAGCCACGCGACCUUUGACAUGGCCAUGAGCGGUAUCGUCCCAGAGUUCAGUGCUGCUAGAAGGAAAAGGAAUCCUCGAGCGUCAAGUGGAUCCAACAGAGCGUCCGAUUAUGACAUCGGUUUCAAAAGUGGUCCUUCAUCACUAAUUGAACUGGAACAAUAUGAAGAGCAUGAGGACUCUGAUUUGCCAUCAUCUAGAAUAAUUCCUCAAGCGCGAUUCACGGCCCGCGUUCUGUCAGACUGUGACCUGUGCGGCCCUCCACUGAAGCCCAUCGUCCUAGAUAAUGAAGACUGGGAUAACCUCUGCAUUUGGUUCAGUCAUAUCUGGCCAGUCACUUCAAAAGAUGGAAAAGGCAUAAGCCCAGAUGACUUCCACUGGUACUGUAAUGCUGGACGAGCCAUGGGUCACAUGGUCGACCUUCAGAACAACACAUUCUCGAGUGGCAAGAUUCUGUUGGGCUCGUAUAUGAAGAAACCUGCGCAGAUGGAUCUUCAUGCAGUUACUGUGUUUAACGUGGCUUCAAGUUGUGUGCGGGUGGAAAUUGAUGGCGUCAAGGAGAUCUACAACUCUGGGCAAACAUUUAUGGCACCUUGUGGGCAAUCCUACAGCAUUCACAACAUGUGCCAGGAGCCUGCAGUUUUGUGGUACCACAGGAUGUUACCAAAUCACACACCGAACUGACGUCAGUGCAGGAAAUCAUGCCUACAAGUGUUUAUGGACAUAAUAAGACUAUAAGGUUUUGGUUGUUAUUGUAAAAUAAUGUAAAUAUAUUGCUUUUAAAGUUGUAUGAAUUUAAAGGAGCCUAAAAGGCUUAGUAUUUGACUUUAGAUGGAGUGUUUGGCUUGUCACCUUUAAAAAACAAAACAAAAAAAAAAACAUGUAAAUAACAUUGUUGCACCAUGACAGAUUUAAAAGUUGUGACUUUCAUUCUUUUUUAUAGUUUUUUUAUGUUUGAUAUACAUUUAGAUGCAGUGUCCCUAAAAAAUGUUUGAUAAAUUAAUUUGCCAGUAGGGGGCAUUGUAUCAUAAAGAAUGUCACCAAAAGAAACAAAAAAAAAAAAUCCUGUUAAGAUUCCUGUGUAAAUCUGGAUAUGUGGUGACGGAGGAAGACUCCUGAUUACCUGUCUGCGUCGGUAUGUGAAGUCGCUUCACAGUCCCUUGUUGGGUAUUUAGCACAUGAACAUUAUUAGUAUUCAUCUCAAAAGCAUCAGUGAUGAAUCUGAGUUGUAAAGUGUUCUAAUAGAAAUGAUUGGAGCUCAACAGUCUGCUUUGUAUGCUUGAGAACUGUCCGGUCUAUUCCACCACCAUCAGCAUGUGAUCUCCCUGUUUUAUUUAUUUAUUUUUUUUACUUUUUACAUUUUAUCUUGUUCCUCUCGCUGGACCACUGUGAUUCAAAUCGGCUCAUCCUUCAACUUCAGACCAUAACUUUGAAUUCAAGCCCAACAAGCGAAGAAGUUGUUCAUCAUUUUUGCUUCAGGUGAUAAGUGCACAAACAAAAGUUCUGAUUAAGAUUAAGAUCUAAAUUUGCUGCUGUUUGCAUUCAAUAGUAAUACAGUUGUGUUUUUGAAGACUUCACUCUUGUAUCCACAGAAACAUUGGUCAUGUUCAGCUAAAUUCAGUACUUUUUUGUGCUGAUGUUAAGCAUGCUUAGAGAUUUACAAGACAAACAUUGUUAAAAAAAAAAAAAGACUUCUGAAUCAGGAUCUGACAGUGAAAGAUGUAAUAACGACACAGAAUUUUACCAUAGGAACUUGUUUGGGCUAUUUUAGAAACCAGUUUUAUUUGUUUGUUUAUUUUUAAUAAUUUAUUUUACACCUAGUUAUUUCUUCGCAAUAUAAUAAGUGUAUUGUAAAUUGUACGAACAGCACCUAAAAAAAAAAAUCAAUUUAAAGUUCAUGUGUUGAUGUAGUCCAUGUUCAGGAAGUUAUUUCAUCUCAUCGCUUGCGUCCUAAAAGGCUGUCCCUCCUUUGCUUUUUUUCUUCUUCUACUUUUUUGACAUUUAAAGAACGUGUAAAGAUUGUCAUGUACCAAGAAAGCACAAAACACUCUGUCCUGAUGACGUUCCUGAAUCCGAAAUCUUUUAACAGUUUUGCUGCUGACCUUGGAGACUUCUUCCAGAAAAUGCUACAGAAAUGUCUCCUCACAGAACAAAAAAAAAAUUGUAAAACAUAUUUGCUUGCAGUUGAG